CAUAGUCUCACUCACAAUUCUUCGCGAUGCUUGUCCUCUCGCAUUCGUCCCACCUUUCGUUCCCAGCAUCCCAGCAGCCCCUUCAUAUUGCGAAGCACGCAAUCAUCGAUAGACCGAAGGCAAGCGCGUGAUCUUCUGCGCGUGGAACAUCAACCAAAUUUCCGGGCAGAGUCGACUCUUGGUCGCAAUCAUGGCUCGUGGAGCGGGUCGUCUCGACCGAGCCGCAACACUUGCACUCGCAGUGGCGCUCCUUUUCAUCGCCCCUUCGGGUAUCUUUGGGCAGAUCGCAGCUCAGAACAGGCUUCUGAAGUCAGACGCGAUCGUUCCCAUCAGGCAGGCUUCCAUUUACAAUCCCUACGUUGACUCAAACUUGCAAAACAAAUAUUGGGAUUUUGGAGGGGACGCCAUCGUCGACACCAACAAGCACAUCCGUCUGACACAGGACAGGCCUAGCCAAGCUGGCUGGCUGUGGACAAGAGCGCCUCUCACUGCAGACAACUUUGAGAUUCAAUUUGAGUUCAGCAUCGAUGGCAAGGCAGCGGGUCAUAAGCCGUACGGCGACGGCUUGGCGAUGUGGCUCACCGAGGAGCGCGCACAGCCUGGUCCCGUCUUUGGCUCAAAAGAUUACUUCACUGGUCUUGGCAUCAUCAUCGACACGUUCGCAAACUCGAGGCAUGCUUACAGCUUUCCGCGAGUGAUGGGGGUGGUCGGAAACGGUAUCGAUUCGUACAAUCACGCCAAGGAUGGCGCGAACCUUGAAGUCGGUGGCUGCUCAGUCGACAUCAGGCGGACGUCGGUGGCCACCAAAGCGCGCGUGACGUAUGUCAAGGAUGUCUUCUUCGAACUAGCGCUGCAUUAUCAAGAGUGGGAUACGUGGGAGUCGUGCUUCAAGCUUCCCAACAUCACCAUCCCCUCCAGACCGUAUUUGGGCUUCACCGCUGCAACUGGUGACGUGAGCGAUAAUCACGACUUGGUGAGCGUGUCGACCAGCAACAUCAUCUACAAAGUUAAAUCUGCUGCGGAACUAGCUCAACACAGGCUGGAACACUUUCCACCUGCCGGCUCGCAAGCCGCCAAAGCCAAGAGCAAGAAGAAGUCUUCCGGGUGGUUUUCGAAGAGCGGAUCCUCUUCGGGCUCCACGCCCCCAUCCUCCAAAAGCAGCAGCUCUGGAGGUCCCGGGCUUUUUGCAAGCAUCUUCGGGAGCUUGUUCACUGUUAUUUGGGUGCUACUCAAGUGGGGUCUCAUCUUCGGAACCAUUGCCGCGGGCGGGUAUGCGUUUAUGCGAUGGCGACGUCAGAAGGAUGCGAAGCGCUUCUGAUGCGCAGUAUUUGUGGACAUUGGAGAUCUUGCCGAAUGUGACAAAUCCAUUGCAAUGAGAACACUCUCAAAAGCAGGGACCUGCGCGAUUUCUGAUGCUUCGCGUGGGAAUCUGCAUGUCAGCUCAAGCUUCGGAAUGUGGGAGGCGUGAUCGAUGCCUGCUCAAAACUUUUACAGCCAGCACACUAUGAACCCACAAGUUCAACGAGCGAGUCUCAUGGUAAAUGUUUAGGGGUCUAGCAUGGUCUUGGACCCGCUGUGCGGGAUGCAGCGACCUAGGCGUAUCGGCUGACUACGUGGUAAGCUGUUGGCUUGCAAGCUCGGCAUUUGCCUGAAUGGACGGGGUCGUGCUGGAUCUCUUGUGUCAAUCACAAUCACGAACGAGCAACUUGUCACGGAUUCGCCGAG